AAUUUAACGAAAAUUAAGAUCAUGGUGAAAACAUAUUUUAAAAUAAUAUUUUACCACUAAUAUGGUAUCAUAUUAGCAAGAAGAUAGCAAGAAGAUAGUAAGAAGAUAUAUUUCUGGAAAGUAAUCAAUGUCGAAGCUAAAAGUUAGGGUAUACUUCAAAUUUCAUCUCUCGUAGCACUCAUGCUAACUUAUUCAAAGAAACUCGAAUAUGUUUGUUUCUUCAUAUGUACGAACUCGGAACAUCAUUAGGGCAUUGAUAUAAUUUCAUGUAAAAACCAAUGUUUAUAUUUCAAAUGGAGGAGGAUGCAUUGAUGAAGAGUAAACAAAAAUUGAAUGCGAGGAACAUAUAUACGUAAGGAGAAUUGAGUUUAAGAAACAUACGAAUUGUGAUAAUCGGGGAAGAGAGUCUAGACGUUGAUUUUUCAAAAGAGGGGGAAGGAUCUGCAAGUGUUCGGAGAUUACUGAAACAAUAUUUUCGGAGGGAAUUGACUUGUACAUGUAGCUUGAAAGCACACAUUCCUCAUAGUAUUUAGACAAUUGCGGACGAAUCGGUAUAUAACGAGCGGCCGCGAAGGAAGAUCAUCAAUAUUCGAAUUCACAAUCGAAGAUGAACAUCCUAACGAUACUCGCGACAACACUUCUUCUGAGUGGCUUCGCCACGGCAGCAGAAAGCUCAAGCUCAAGCUCCGCGGCAUCUUCGGCUUCAUCAUCAUCCUCAGAGAGUAGAGGACAGUUGUUGCUUCCGUUAGAAAGGAGUUCUACCAGAAGCUUACUGGAUUUGGUGAGCAGUGCUAGGAGCAAUGCUGCGAUAACCGCAUCGUCCGCAGCCGCUGCAAAGGCAACUCUUCGAGCGAGUAAAGCUGCGAAUUCCGCUCAAGGAGAAGCUUUGGCACAGGCGACUGCUUCUGCGGCUUCGAAUGCAAAGGCACGCGCAACCGCGGCCGCUGCAGCGCAAGCCACUAACGCAGCCGUUAACGCGCAAGGGAAGGCUUCCGCGCAAGCUGUUGCAACGGCGGAAGCAGCAGAAGCAUUGACUAAAUCGGCACUCCAAGCCCAGUCCGCUGCGAGCAGCUCUAAAUCAGAGGCAGCCCAAGCUUCAACCUCAGCUAAUGCCGGAGCCGGUGCUCUUGCGACUGCUUCUGCUCAGGCCUUAUCCGCGAAGAAGGCAGCCCUGGCCUACGCCUCUGCUGCCGCUGAUGCAAGCACCGCAGCGGCCAAGGCUCGUGCCGCAGUUGCUGCUGCAGAAGCAGCCACUCGUACAGCAGUACAAGCCGAAAGAGACUCCACAAACGCAGCCUCUCUCGCAGCUAAAGCCCAAGCUGAAGCCAGAGCUGCUGAAGCCGCUGCUGCAGCAGCGAGACUCGCCGCAUCAGCCGCUGCCGAUGCCAGCGCUCAAGCCGAUGCAAGAGUCAGAACCGCUUCCAUUGAAGCUGCCGCCAGCGCUCGUACCAAAGUAUCCAAUGCUCAAGCCACAGCCGAGGCUGCAGCCGUAGCCAGGAGCAGCUCCAGGGACGCACAAGCAAACUGGGUUGACAACAGGUCUUCUGCAUCAUCGUCCAGUGCAUCGGCCAGUGCAUCGGCUAGUGCAUCAGCCAGUGGAGAAGCCGAUUUAGAAGCAGAUUCAGAUGCUAGUGCAUCAGCUCGUUCAGCAGCCGAUUCUAAUGCUGGUUCAUCUUCCGGUUCAGUCGCCGAUUCAGCCGCCGGUUCAGCUGCCCGUUUAAGUGCCGGUUCUGCAGCCGGUUCAGUAGCUCGUUCAGCUGCCGGUUCUGCAGCCGGCUCAUCAGCUGGUUCAGGAGCCGGUGCAUCAGCUGAAGGUUCCUCCGGUGCCUCCUCCGGUGCCUCCUCCGGUGCCUCCUCCGGUGCCUCCUCCGGUGCUUCCGCCGGAGCUUCCGCUGGUGCCUCCGCCGCUGCUUCUGCCGAUAAUUCCGCCGAUAAUUCUGCCGAAGCUCUUUCUAGCUCCUCCGCCGAGUCUUCGUCGUCCUCCUGGUCUUCUUCCAGCCAGAAUAUCUGGUCCCAGGAUUGGACUAUGGUUCACAAGGCUGUGUCUAUUAAGAAGAAUCUUUACGACAAGUGGGCUUUGAUUUUCUUUGCCAACAGUGACAAGUGCACGGUAAUAAACAAAAGAGAUUGCGACGUGAUUGAAUCAACAGCGGUAUCAAUCUGCGAAGUACCAUACAAGAUGAACGUACAAGCGACACUCGUGCUUUGCCUGCUCGCAUUGUUCGGCAGCGUGGCCCAAGGUGGGCCAUCAAGGUUGUCUGAAACCAGUGAUUCGUCCGCAGCAUCUUGGUCCUCGAGUUCGUCUUCAAGCUCGUCCUUGUCCUCGUCUCUGGCUUCGGAUUCUGCUUCUUCUUCUUCUUCAGCUUCGGCUUCGGCUUCGGCUUCGGCUUCAGCAAGUUCGAGAAACGAUAACAGUAGAGUUAAGGCAUGGAAGAAGGGUAGAGGAGGUAGCGACAGCUUGGUACUGUCAAGUGAUUCAUCAGAAGAUUCAAAAGCCAGGGAGCUCCUCGAGACAGACGCCGGAUUGGGUGCGGCCGCUGCGUUAGCAAGAGCUACCGCGGAUGCCCAAGCUAGAACAGCAGCAAGCGCCGAUGCUACGGCUAAUAAGGCAACUGCAAAGGCUCUUGCAUUAGCCGAGGCUGCUGUAAGGGCGGAAAAUGCAGCGAUUCUAAGGAUCCGUAGGGCCUUAUCGGCAGCGCAAGCUCUCGUCUCGGCAUCCAAUCGUGCAAAGGCUGCAGCUAGAGCUGCGAGGGAAGCUGCUGCGAACUCUGCCGCGGCUGCCGCGAAAGCUUCCACUAAUCAAGUGAAAGCCAACGCUGACUCGCUUGUCGCCAACAGAGCUGCAGCCGCCCUUCUUGCUGCUGCCGAGGAAGCCCUCCAGAGAGCCAGUGCUUCGCAGAAUGCAGCAGCUGAAGCUGCUGCGAAAGCUCGUGCCGCAGCUAACGCGAAUGCCGCAACCACCAGAGCCGCGGCCUCGGCCAUACUCGCCGAAGCUCGUGCUAGAACAGCUAUCACGAAAGCAGUUGCCGCUCAAUCAACGGCCACCGCUCAGGCUAUUUCCGCCUCUCAAGUACAAAAUCGUGCGAAUAACCUACAAGCCGAAACCGCUUCUGCAGCCCAAUCCAGGGCAGAAGCCGCAAUAGCUGCAGCCGCGGCACAAGCUGCCGCUGUCGCAGAAGCUAACGCUCAACUCGCUCGUCUCAGCAAGGCAUCUGCAGGUGCUUCCAGCGAGGGUUCGGCUUCAGCCUCGGCAUCAGCCUCGGCAUCAGCCUCUUCGAGUAGAUUUGUGUUGCUGCCGUUAUUAGCAAGAGAUACACGUUUGAAACCAAUCAAACUUGCUAAAAAUGAUGUUGAUAAAAUAGAGGAACGAAAAAAAGAGGAUAGCUCAAAGAAAAAAGUAAGCGUCGGAUGGCAGUGUUAUCGGUACUCGGUAAUAUUUACGAUAAAUAAACGAGCUUAUUAUGACAAUAGAAUCGAUAGCGGGAGGAAAAUACAUGCAGCAAUAUUUAGAGAAGCGCGGUGGUUGUCACAAAGCUACGAAGUCCUACGAAAGAUGAAGAUCCCCUCGAUUCUCGUAACGUGCCUUUUUACCUGGGGCUUGGCUGCCGGGAGUAGCAGCUCGUCCGCGGAAUCUUCGGCAUCGGCGACAACGUCUUCAGAUGCGUCCUGGAGUGCAUCCUCGAGAUCGUCAGCUGUCGGUAGAGCACCGAACGUGGUCUUGAAUAGGGCACCUCAAUUAGGAGCUAGCGCAGCAGCGAUCGCAUCGGCUCGAGCCAGUGCCUCAGCAAAUGCUGCAUCAGACGAAAAAUCUGCCCGAGAAACGCGAGCAACCGCUUUAGCCAGAUCAAGAGCUGCUGUUACGGCGGCAGCACGAGCAGCCGCAAGGACGCAAGAAGCCGUCGCGGCGGCAAAAGCCGCAAGCAGGGCCCAAGCGCUUGCUGCUGCUAAAUCUUCGGCGGCAAUUUCUGCAUUGGCCGCUGGAGAGGCUGCCGCCCAAAAGGCGGACGCCGCAGCUCUUGCCGCAUUGGCUGCUAAUCAGAGAUCUGUCAAAGCCGCAGAAAAUGGUCUAGCAGUGCAGAAUCGUGCGAAUGGAGAAGCGGAACAGGCAAGUCGUGCGGCUGCUGCUAACCUUGCCGCGGCCAUCCGUACCCGAGACAAUGCUCUCGAAACGAGAAAAGAAGCAGCUCGAUUGAAGGCACUAGCCACAGCUGCCGCUAACGCUAAUAACAAAGCGACCAGUCUUGCCGAAGCUUCUGCGAACCAAGCAGCUGAAGCAAGUUCCGCUGCCGAGGAUACUUCUUCCGCUCAAUCUGCUGCGGUCGCUCAAGCUGAGGCCGCUGAAACGCUCAACGUAAAUCUCGCUGUACUUGAAAGUACCCAAUCCUCUAGACAGGAUUCUAACGUGGCCAAAGCUGAGGCUUCUGCCGCAGCCAAAGCCUCGGCUGGCACUGCCACAAGAGACGGAGUCAACCUUGGUCUCGCCUCUGAUGCUGGUGCAGCUGCUCAACUAAAAUCCCAAGCCGCAGCAUUGGCACGAGCAAGUAGCAGAAUUAGUUCCGGCCCUGCGUUAUCCGCAUGGAAAUGGAGGAACGAAGAAUCUUCAGAAUCGUCAGCCUCUGCAGUCGCCAGCUCUAGCGCCAGUUCCAGCUCCAGUUCUCGCAGCACAGUUGUGCGAUAUGGUAUAAAAUGGAGGAGUAACGGUGCAGGUGCAUCAAUCGACGAAGACCCUACGAAGAUGAAGUAUCUCUCAACGCUCGUGUCGUCGCUCUUGUUGGGAGCCUGUGUGCUCAGUGUCCAUGCCGACAGAUCGUGGGCAGCAUCGGAUGCAAAUGCUGAAUCGUCAGCCGCAGCGGAAUCGUCAUCUCUUUGGGAAGAUUCAUCCAGAGCAAGCGCGGGAGCGUCAGCCGCAGCGGAAUCGUCAUCUCUUUGGGAAGAUUCAUCCCGUGCAAGUGCGGGAGCGUCAGCCGCAGCAGAAUCGUCAUCUCUUUGGGAAGAUUCAUCCAGUGCAAGCGCGGGAGCGUCAACCCCAGCGGAAUCAUCAUCUCUUUGGGAAGAUUCAUCCAGUGCAAGCGCGAGAGCAUCAGCCGCAGCGGAAUCUUCAUCUGCCUGGGAAGAUUCAUCCAUCGCAAAUGCGAGAGAAUCAGGGGCAUCGAGAUCGUCAUCUAGCUGGGAAGAUUCAUCCAGUGCAAGCGCUAGCUCUAGCACAAGUGCAAGCGUUAGCUCUAGCUCAAGUUCUAGCUCUAGCAUUAGCUCCAGCGCUAGCUCUAGCUCCAGUGCUAGUGCCAGCGCUAGUACAGAAGCAUCUAACGAAUCAAGAAGGGGUAUCGCCAUUGAGGGAGCCCUUGUAGGUACGGGAGCUGCAAGUACGGCUGCGGCAUCCGCAGAAAUGCUUUCGGACACCUUGGGAUUGGGUCAAUCUGCUCUUCAAGCACAAACAGCAUCUGUAACGCAGGCUAACAUUGCCAGCGAUGCCAGCAACCAAGCUAAUCGAUUGGCGGCUGCCGCAGCAGCAGCGAUGUCAGCCGCAGCUUCCGCUCAAGAGAAUGCCGCGUCGUUAGCUCGAGCUUCGGCCAGUGCAUCUGAAAGUGCAGCUAGUGCCUCAUCGAAGGCCGAGGCGAGCGCCGAAGCAGCCAAAUCGUCUGCGGAGAAAUGUUUAUUGCUCGCGCAAAACUCCGCACAAGCGCAAGCUCGCGCGACUGAACAAUCAGAGUCCUCGAACAGAGACUCGGCUGCCAACGCGGCCGCCGCCGCGGAAGCCGAAAGGAAGGCCACUUUGGCUCUACAAGCUAUAGCUGAUGCCAAGGCCAAGGCCGGUGCAGCCGUUGCCGCUCAGUCGGAGGCUGCUGCGGCAGCCGCAGCCGCUGCAAAAGCACGCGCCGAUGCCGAAGCAGGUGCUAGUUUGGCCGCGGCAGCGCGUGCCGUCGCCGCAGCCGAAGCUGCUGCUUCCAGACGAAAUGAUCGUCAAGCUGGUGUAGCUCAAGCUGGAGCAUCCGCCGCAGCCGAGACCAGAGCGCUUGCAUCCUCCGCUGCAGCCACCGCUAAAGCAGCCGCUUACGCUAAUGCCGAUAUCCGAGCACUUUCCGCAGCUGCUCUAGAAUCCUCCGUAUCUUCGUCCUCUAGCGCUAGUGCUUCCAGUGCAUCCUCAUCCGCCAGCAGCGGUUCCAGCAGUGGUUCCAGCAGCGGUGGCAGCAGCGGUGCCAGCAGCGAUUCUAGCAGCGAUUCCAGCAGCGAUUCCAGUAGCCUCCUAGGAGAUGAUGCUUCAUCCAGUGCCAGCAGCGCAGCUGAAGCUGAGAAAGACAGCAAGAUCGUUAAAAUUUUUCUUAAUACAUGCUCAAUGAUUAGCUGCGCUACGCUUUUGCUGGUUCGUCAUGGUUCAAACAUAAUGCUCCUUGGUUCGUACUUAAUGCUCCUUGCACGAGAAUUUCGCCAAGCUUGCAUUUGUCGAUCCUAAUUUCCUUAGUAACAUAUGCGUUUUCACGAUUGCAACUUUCUCAUGUUAUUUCUGCACAUCACGAUUGCGAAAUCAAAAUACGAUCUUUUCGCAUUAUUAUCGUUCUUAUGUUUAUGACGUGCACCUCUCCUAAUAUAAUUAAUGUGAUCCCGCUAAUUUUCGUACUUUAUGCCAGUGAUACUGUAUAAACGAACUUGCAUAUGCAUUUUAAAUGUGUGUGAUCCUAAGUAUACUAUAAAAUAAUAAAUUAAUAUCUAUUUAAAAAAAGAAAAAA